AUGGCCCGAUCAGCUCCGCGGUUGCUUCCUCUGGGAAUUGCGCUCGUCCUUCUCGCAGCGCUCACGUCACGCACGUCCGCGCGAUCCGAAGCUAGUUUUAACCCUAGCACAGUCGUCACUCCCAAGGCUGGCUUUACCGUUCCCAGCUUCAAAUUCAACUUCAAGUUCGACUUUCAGAGAGUGUCGAACCCGCUCGUGUUCUUCGCGAAAUGCCAAAAGUCUUCGCUGGCGGGUUACUCCUCGUCGAAACAGCUCUCUAACGGGUAUGAUAUGCGAGUAGCGGUCGUCGACUCAUCGUCCUCCAUUCCCGCGCACAUACGGUUCUCCCCGCAGCCGCACUCUCCUGGCGCUGGAGUGGCAGGUAGAGGCCUCGUCGAGCGACCAGGUUCAUCUCGUCGCUUACCUUUCGUCACCUCUCCCCUUUCCGCUCCUCCCCUUGUCUCUCUCGUCUCCUCGCUUCUCCCGUUACGCCUUCUCCACACGCUCGCUCUGCACUGGCAGGUAGAGAACCCGUCGAGCGGCCAGCCCGUGAGAGACCCUCCACUUCCCUCUCCUCGUCUCCCCCGUUUUCCUCUUUCCCGUCCUCCCUGCAGGCUCACUGUUCACUGGCAGCGGCUUACUCUGCACUGGCAGGCAGCGACCCCGUCGAGCGAUCAGCUUCAGCUGGCUCUCGAGGCGAAGAAAGGCACUCCGGCUGCGGCGAGCUGGUUCGCCGUGGGGUGGUCGCGGAGCGGCAAGAUGGGCGGCAGCAAUGUGAUUGUAAUGGAGGAAGUCGGCUCCGCGCCGGGCCAAUACGAUCUCGAGAGUGAUCCCCUGUACACUGCGAAGGCCGUCGCUGCGUCGUGGUCGGCGAGCUCGUACAGUAUUACAGAAGAUGACAAGUCUGUUGUAAUGCAAUUCUCCCGUGGAAUAGGCGAAGACAGCAGUGUCCCUGUGAAGCGAUCGGGUUACAGUAACAUGAUUUGGGCGUAUGGCGCGGGGAUUUGGGAGGUGGAUGGAGGUCACGAUGCCAAGGGUGCCACUGUAGUUGACUUCUCAUGUAACGGCUGCAAGGGGCUUUUGCGGAAACGAUGCUGA